AUGCUGGGCCCCCGCGGCGUGACGCGAGCACGGCAGCUCCGCCCCCUGCGUCUCUGGCCUCGCCGGCCUUGGGGGGAUGGUUCCAUCAUGGCGUCAAUGCAGAAACGACUGCAGAAAGAACUGUUGGCUUUGCAAAAUGACCCACCUCCCGGAAUGACAUUAAAUGAAAAGAGUGUUCAGAAUUCAAUUACACAGUGGAUUGUAGACAUGGAAGGUGCACCAGGUACCUUAUAUGAAGGGGAAAAAUUUCAGCUUCUAUUUAAGUUUAGUAGUCGAUAUCCUUUUGACUCUCCUCAGGUCAUGUUUACUGGUGAAAAUAUUCCCGUUCAUCCUCAUGUUUAUAGCAAUGGUCAUAUCUGUUUAUCCAUUCUAACAGAAGACUGGUCCCCAGCGCUCUCAGUCCAGUCAGUUUGUCUUAGCAUUAUUAGCAUGCUUUCCAGCUGCAAAGAAAAGAGACGACCACCAGAUAAUUCUUUUUAUGUUCGAACAUGUAACAAGAAUCCAAAGAAAACAAAAUGGUGGUAUCAUGAUGAAAUUGGAAUUCGUUAUUGGGAAACCUAUUACUUGAAUAGAAGUUUUGAUGUCUUUUGA